AUGCCCUUGAGCGUCCCCGCCCACAGGGCCCUUGAGAGGACACCCGAGUUCGCGCUGCGCCCGGCUGACCAGCCGGGGACACCGCGGCCGCCCCCUGCCCGCCGCCGCCGCGUCUGGUUCGUGUGCGACGCGCUGGGCAUCGUGUGCGCCGCCAGCACCUGGGGGCUGGUGGUGGGCGCUGCCAGCGCUCUGCUAUCGGAGCUACUCAUCCCAUCGCGGGACUUGGUGUACGCCGCAGCCAACGGCGCCCUCUUCCACCUGCUGGCCUUCCUGGGGCUAGCGUCGCACGCACGCGCCAUGCUCACCGACCCCGGCUCGGUGCCCCUGGGCGAAGCGCCCCGGCCCGACGCGCGCCGCUGCCGGCCCUGCGGUGGCUCCAGGCCCGCGAGAGCCCACCAUUGCAGCGUGUGCGGGCGCUGCAUCCGCAAGGUGGACCACCAUUGCCCCUGGGUCAACAACUGCGUGGGCGAGGACAACCAGAAGUACUUCGUGCUCUUCACGCUCUACAUUGCUCUGGCCUCCCUGCACGUGCUGUUGCUGCUUGGCGUCCCUGCCCUGCGCCAAUACGCGCAGGGCGAGUGGGACACCAACAGCACCGUGUCGCCCCGCGGCUCCCUCAUCUUCCUUUUCCUGGUGAGUCUGAAAGGCCUCAUCUUUACCUCUGUAAUGUUCGGGACCCAGAUGUACGCCAUCUGCACCGACCAGACGAGAAUCGAGCAGCUGCAGAGGGAGCAGUCCAGGUGGGGCAAAGGUACCAUGUGGAUGAACCUGAAGGCGGUCUUUGGCCACCAAGUCUCGGUGGCCUGGAUCAACCCCUUUGCCUCCCAAGAACCUCAGAAAUCCGAUGGGCACCACGACGUCGUCUGAAGGCCUAGGAUCCCACUCACAUGGGACCACAACAACUGUACCA